CGCACUCACCACUCCCCAUGUCGGAGCCACCACAUUCCACACCAAGGUCCAACGCUCGCUCUUGUGUAUAUCUGAUCAUCAUCAGAAAGUUUCACAUCCAGUCACUGCAGCCACAUUGACGCGUCUCCCGUGGCACACGCGUCGCAUCGUCCUCGCUCCCGUAGGACAUCGACGUCACGCCCGCCCACAAUGACGGACCUCCAGAUGCAGGAUGUAGCUGACGAGGUGGACAUCAGCAACGGCCCCUCGUUCUCUGACGAGGAGAAGGAGAUCCUGGGACUCUACGACCAAGUACAGAAAUUGGAGCUGGAGCUUGCUCUGGCGAAGGCCAGGACGCGCCUCGCUGAGGCCGAGAAGGGAGGGGCCGACGACGACGAUCGGGAAGAGGACGACCCGAAUGAGGUCGAGGAGGCCAGGAACCAGCUCCUCGAGGCAAUGUCGCUGUACACCCUCCGCAACGGCGUGGUCAAUAAUGUCCUGAUCACCAACCCGCUGCUCAAGGGAAUCCACGGCAGCACGGCCGCGUCCCCCAUAGAGCAGGACAUCCUCCCCUGGGUCCAAGCCCGCGACAGCGCCUCCCGCGACGUGGCGAAGCAGUCCGCAGCCGCGAAGCAGGUCCUCGCCCAGCUGACCGAUGCCGAGAGCGAGGCCCUGCGCGCGGCGCGCCGUAACCGCGAGCUGGCGGCCGAGGUGCUUCGCCUCGCGAGGGAGGCCGACCGUGGCAGGGCCGGAGGUGCUGCGGGACCUGGCGGCGGCGGCGACCCGGCCGCUGAGGCGCAGAUUGCCGAGCUGGAGGGGAGGCUCGCGGCCAGCCGGCGCAAAUGGAGGGUCAUGAAGGGCACGGCCAGCGGCAUCGUGGCCGGGAGCGGGGUGAACUGGGCGGCUGACCCGGUGCUGAGGGAUGUGGUGCUGGACCCGGAGUAGCAGCGUCUCCGGCGUUGCUGAUACGCCUAAUGACUGUCGUGCCAGACUUGAUUCUGGCUGAGGCAUAGCUGGCUCUCAUUGCGGCUCUCUACUAUGCUGGUCCAGCAGCAUUCAACGAGGGACAGGUCACUACUGAAGCUGCAAGGAACAAAAUCCGGCGACUUCAACAAAAUUUUCACCUACUCGGAGGCCUACUCAUGCCUUGAAGAAGGUUGGUCCACGCCGGAUGCCAAAGUACAGAACGCGUCAGAAAAACUCGAGGAACAUGCACAAGUCCAUCCUCAGGGCAACCGGUGCAUGAAGCUAUAACAAACCAAGGUCACUACCGACAACAGUGAAAUAAUCAUGAUCGCGUGCUGGCAGCUAGUCAUGAGAGUCGCGACUGGAGAAGCCUACUGCCUAUAGCACGCGAAGGAAAAGUAGCCCGAGGACACCGGACAACACCCGGACAACCCAACCAGUAUGACUUGUGGGCCGUUGUGCGUAAAUCACACCAAGUCUUGUAGUCGGACGCCGUGAGAGAACCAGGUCGCGGUAGCAACAACGGGUCCGUUGCCGUCGCGACGCCGGUAUCAGAUCAGCAGUGCACACCCGCCUCCCCGCGAGCUUGACCACCUGGGCAGCAAGAUGCGAGACCGAGGCGGGGUCGAUUUGAGAUUUUACCCCGGAUUCCGAGCUGUCGGAUCCUCCAGAAAAAGAGAAGACCCUUAUUAUGAGAUUGGCGAGUUGACCAACAAUAGAUGAUGCCUGCAAAAGAGACCCUUGGC